CUUAGCGGCAUUCUCUUCCCGUCGUUUCUCUCACAUUUCAGAGAGAGAGAAGCGAAAGCUCGUCUUCUCUGAUUUCUCUCCCUCUCUCUUCCAAAUCUCUAACCCCAAUUUCACGCAAGCAUUUGAUUCUCGAGUUCUAGGAUUCCGAUUCAAAUCAUUCAUCAAAACCUAUCAGAUUACAGUCGGGGGGGAAUCGUGAUAUGAUCAUUGGCUCGAUGAUAUCUAGCUGUGUCCACGAUUUGGGAGUCAGUACAGGUGGGGCCCACAGUUUCUUGGUCUGGUCCUUUGAUCUGAUGGGCCAUCCCUGAAAAUUCUGUGGAUUUGAAGAUCCUAGCCAUGCAAAUAAUAUCUGAAAUGGAUACCUCAUGCAGCUCAAAAUCUGAUGAUGAGGCGAGGGCCUUGAAGGGGUUGCUUGAUGCCUUUGGUUCGUCCCUUUCACUUGAGGUGAUAGCGUCUGCCUAUUGCAAGGCAGGGUGCAAUGUGGAUAGGGCUGGUGAUAUUCUUUAUGGCUUGCAGGAGAGUGACUCUAGCGCUGCAAGUCAUACAUCUAAUGCUGUGACCUGUGCAACUAAUGGUGAGUGUAGUGGUUCCAAAUCACAGGAACUGUUGCUUGAGAAUGAUUUUGACAUGUCGACUCAUUUGAACAAGAAUUCGAAAGGGCCAAAACCAAGAAAGUUUUCUUAUUCUGUGGGCACUGUUUCGAGUGUUUUGGGCAAGGGGUAUGCUAGGCCCACUUCUUCUUCACAUGAUGCGGGUAAAACAACCAAGCCAUUGAAACUGGAAAUGAAGGAUGCAGUUGCAACUGACUCUGCACCGAGGAUUGAGCCUAUGAAUAACAAGGAUGUCGAGGGUUUUCUGUUUGCAAUGCUUGGAGAUGGGUUCCAGCUUGGCAUGGAUGUGAUUCGAGAAGUUCUUAGUCAGUGUGGAUAUGAUGCAAAAAAGAGCAUGAAUAGAUUAUUGGACAUGUCAGCGACAACCUUGGACAAGAGUGUGGCCGGUGAUGCUAUGAGAAAGGUUCAGAAUAAGAGCUCUAAAGAAUCACAUUCAUCUCAGGGAAGGUUACAGAUUAAGGAUUUUGCUCAAAGUGGAACUGAGGGUAGAAAUGGAACAGAAUCACCUUGCAUGGACAAGGGGAAACAUGACCUCUCGAGGCAGGUGCUAGAAUCAUUGUUUAGUGUUCCUGAGAAAUAUGAGGAGACACCGAGAAAGAAUCGACCAGCAAGGGCAGUGAAGAAAAAAGCAAUUGGUCGAGUAGUAACUGCGCCUUUGACUGAUGAUGUUGAUGAACCUUCGCCUGAGACUGUAGAACCCCAUGAUGAUACUGAAGAUGCUGAAGAGGAUAAAUACCAGAUCCUUCGGAGAGCUGCAAAGCAGAAUUGGGAUGCAAAAUGGAGCUAUUAUGAAGCUGCUCUAGAUGCAUUUUUAAAGGGAGACCGUGCCCAAGCCAACUACUUUCUAGAAGAGGGAAAAAAUUAUGAUAAGAAGGCCAGAGAAUUAGAUGAAAAAUCUUCUGGGGAGAUUCUUGAAGUCAGAAAGAAUGGUGUAAAAGAUUUGCUCCCUCUGGACGUGCAUAACUGUCAGCCAAAGGAGGCAAUACAUCUUCUGAAAUUUCAUCUCAAAUCACUUGCUGGCAUCACAUCUUUUCAGCAACUCAAGGUUAUCAUUGAGACCAAUGCUGAGGAUAUCACCAAGGGUGCUCGAAAACGACGGAUGGUGAAGUUUCUGGAGAAGGAAUCCAUUAAGUGGACUGAAGAAGAGGGGAAUCCUGGGACCAUUUUGAUCCGUGUGGAUGAAAUCGACCCGAAAAGUCUUAGUUUUGCUUAAUCUGCAGCGAUCACGGUGCACUGAUCAGGCAAACACGCUGUGAUAAAUUUUGGAGGUUAUUGAAAUUUCAGCUUACUGAUUUUUAUUGUUUGAUAGACAGCUUUGAGCUCCCCCCACCGUUUUCUUAUGGACAGAUGCAAUAGAGGCAUGCAAUUGCGCACAUAUAGAGUUUGGAAACAAUGUUUUGUAGGCGGCUUUUUGAUGGGGUCCGCUUUCGAGUUUGUAAGGGUUGCCAGCCAACCAUGCUGUAAGGGAAAGGCUGAGGUUUUUGCAUAAUGUGUUGGGAGUAACAAGAAACUGCAAGUUCUUUGUGGAUGUUUUGGCACUCUCUCUAUGCAUCUGUGGUUACUUUCUACA